AUGGCACCUCCAAAGAACACUGGAAAGACGUCAGGCUCAGCAGCCUCGGGCGCUGCAUCGGCUAGCAACGCGAACGCCAACGCCAACGCACCACAAGAGUUGUCAAAGAAGGACAAGAGCGCGUUGCAGAACGUGUCCAAGCUGUACGAAGAGCAGAAGUUCAAGAAGGCCCUCAAGGCCGCCGACGAAUUCCUCCGUCAGCACCCGACAAACACCGACUGUCUGUGCUACAAGACGUUGAUCUACUACAGUCUCGACAGAAAGCAGGAUGCACACGAUCUCGCCAAGUCAGUGCUGCGCACCAACCUGUCCAGCUUCACCGCGUGGCACACCCUCGGCUUCCUGCAUCGCAACGACAAGAACUACACCGAGGCUCUCAAAUGUUUCCGCAAUGCUCACAAGAACAACAAAGAGUCCUCAAUCAUCCUCAAGGAUCUCUCCAACAUCCAGAUCCAUCUCCGUGAUCUCACUGGACUCAAGGACUCUUAUAUCUCGAUGCUCCACUUGCAGCCAACGACCAAGUCACAUUGGAUUGGAUUGAUCACUACCUAUCACAUCUUGGGCAACCUCCAAUUGGCAUUGAACAUUUUCGAUGACUUCAUGGAGAUUCUCGAUCAUAAGGAGAUCGAGGGCAUCAAAUACUCUGAGUUGAUCCUCUACAAGGUUCAACUUCUUGAGGAGAUGGGACAGUUUGACAAGGCCCUGGAUCUCAUCAGGAAGGAGGAGAAGAAGUUGUUGGGCAAGCAAGAUGUCAAGCAGAAGAUUGGAGAGUUGUUGAUCAAGAAGGGUACACGUGGCGAAGCUGAGAAGAUAUUCAAGGACCUCCUAAAGACCAACACCGAGAACCUCACUUAUCAUCAGAGGCUUUGGGAGACCAAGGGUGUUUUGUCACUUGACAACUUGAACCAGGAUCAGGUUAAUCAGUUGACAAACAUGUACGUGGAGUUGGCAAAGGUGUAUCCAAAGAGUAUGAUGAUCCAGAAGAUUCCAUUGAGAUUCUUGGCAGGCGAGGAGUUCAGGACUCAUUUGGCAAUGUUCUCAAAGAACUUCUUGACAAAGGGAAUCCCAUCAUUGUUCAACAACUUGAAGACAAUCUAUGGCAACAAGGACAAGGUUGCAAUCAUUGAGCAGUUGUUCCUCAGCCACAUCGAGUCUCUCAACACCAAUGGCACGCUGAAUGGCUUCACCGAGCAGGAGCCACCAACCACCGCCAUGUGGUGCAUGUACUUCCUCGCACAGCACUAUGACCGUCUGCGCGAUGCCACCCAAGCGUUCACCUACGCCGACAUGGCCAUCACCCACACGCCCACAACGAUCGAUGCCUACAUCAUCAAGGCCAAGAUCCAGAAGCAUCUGGGCGAUCUCAAGUCGGCCGCCGCCACCUACGAGUACGCGCGCAGCCUCGAUCUGGCCGACAGAUAUCUCAACACAAAGAGCGCGAUGUACGCCACCAAGAACGAUGAUGUCGCCGGCUCCGAAGCCAUCAUCUCCUACAUGAUUGAGAAGUCCGAGAGCUUCCUCAACGUCAUCACAGACUUCCAGAGCACCAGAUACGAGAUCUCUGCUGGCAAGAGUUGGAUGCGUCAAGGAGAGUAUGCCAAAGCACUCAAGAUGCUUCACUUGGUCGACAAGCACUUUAGCGAGUUCAUUGAGGAUCAAUUCGACUUCCAAAACCAUAUGCAGAGACGUCUGACACUUCGAUCAUACAUUCAAUUCCUUCGUUGGGAGGAUAACGUCUUUGACAAUCAGCCAUAUCACGAUGCUGCUGUGUUGAUCAUUAAAAUAUACUUGAUAUUGUUGAAGAAUCCUUGGGUUCCACAUCCAGAGACUGAGGAGGAGAAGAAGGCAGCGACAGAGAAGAAGCCAAAGCCUGUGACAGAUUCGGAAGGAAAUCCAAAGCCAGUUGAUGAUGAUCCCAAGGGCGACAAAUUGGCAACUGUACCGGAUGUAUUGGUGCCAGCCAUCAAGUUCCUCAACAACCUCUUGAAGUUUACACCCAACUCGAUCCAGGCCCACGAGUUGGCCUGCCAAGUAUACCUCGAGAAGAGAAAGUACUUGCUUGUAUUACAAUCAUUGCUCAAGCUGAGAAGCAUGUGCCCUGACAACGCAGAGUACCACAGACAUUUGUGCGCAUUCUUUGUUAGGGUCGAGCAGGACAAGGAUGUCAAGGCACCAGUACGCGAGAUCAUUGACAACCACCGUGCAGAGCUGUUGGGCGCCAACACCACCCUGCAGCAGUACAACGACAACUAUGCCAACAAUCACAAGCAGUCCGUCGCCCACAAGUUUGUGGCUGGCGAGGCAUUGUUGGCCAUCGCCCCAGCGGCCAAGGAGCAGGCCGUCGCCCUGAUGCUCGACGUGGACGGCACCACCGCCUCAUGGGAGAACUGCUACGAGAACAUGACUCGCAUCCAGUCAUUGUUCGGUCAGGAGAUCACUCAGCAGUACAAACAAAAGUGUCAUGCCAGAUUCCCAAUGUGCAAGCAUUUCCAGGAGGUCGUUGUGGAGGCCAUCGCCGCUCCAACCACAAACGGUAGUGGCGACGUCGAUGCAUUGUGCAAAGCCACCAACGAAGUGAACAUCGACAGUGGAAACAAGCAAUAA